GACCCGCUCGAGCGCAAGAAGAAUGUCACCCGUGUGCUGCAGGCGCUCAACUCCACGUCGGUGCUGGCCAUGCAGGAGGUGCACGGCUCUGAGGCGGAGCUCGCCCACGCCCUGCACUUUGGCCACAAGUCUGCGGCCAUCUUCACCUCCAUCCCUGAGCGCGGCACGGGAGGCGCGGCGAUUGUGCUCCCUGGACUCUCGCAAGAGGAGGCGGCUGAUCCUGACCGGGUCCGUCACACCGCACCCGUACCUGGCCGCGUACAACGUCUCCAAGUCAAGUCGGAUCUCGCUGGUGCACCCGAGGGCGCUCUGCCGUCCACGGUGGUGAUCUACAACGUUCACAACUUCCACCUCGCGCACGAUCAGGCCCAGCGCACGGUGGGCACGAUCAGGGCGGAGCUCAGCGCCGCAGAGCAGCAGCCUGAGCGCAUCGCAGUCAUGAUCACGGACGGCUUCAAUUUCAUGGAUGGGGCCCGGUUGGAGAUGACGGCCCCGCUCGUCAACGCGGGGCUACCCAGGCUACGCAACGUCCACCCUGAACAUCAGCUUCUCUGGGAGCAGGCGCUGGGCGACAUGGUCGAGGUGGACCCCGAGCUCCCCGCGCACUACACUGAGCACUCCCAGCAGCGCACGCGCAUCGACAAGAUCUAUACCAGCUCGCCGCCGCGGCUGUUGACACAAUGGCGUGCGAAGGUCGACAUGCCCAUGGCGCCUGACAUGCUCUAUGACAAGGGCAUUUCGGAUCAUGCCCCAGUACACCUACGCCUUUCAGCCCGAGCUCGUGAAGAUCGCGGGUCGCAGCCGAUCCCGCAGUAUAUCUUCGAGCACCCUCUUUUCAUCAAGUACUUUGACCUGCUGGUCAGCCAUGCCGACCUGGACAGCUGCACGCCCUUUGUGCGCCUCCAGGGGCUCAAGCGCCUGAUCCGCGAGGCGGCGCGCCUCACCCGCAACGGCCUGACAGACAUGCAUGCGCCGUGCUCGGCGGCAGCUCUCGCCACUUGCAGAGCGAUCUCGAGGGCGGUCUGGCGCAAUGACUGGCAGAGCGCACGCACGCUGAAGGCGCGCACCGAGCUCGGUGACCAGUUCUUGGACACCUCUCACCCGAACAACAUUACGCUGAUCGGGCCUGGCACGUUUCGCCGCGUCUUCGAGCAGCGCCAGAAGUCGCACCAGGACCAGCGCACUGAGGCCCUGCUGCAGGAGGGGUCCGCCGCUGACACGCCCUUCCAGCAGCGACAGCGGCCCCGCAAGAUGAGGAAGGCCAUCCAGAAGCGUGGCAAGCUCUGGGCUAUCGAGGUGAUGCGCGACCACAGCACCACGGAGACGCCUGCUGCCAUGAUCGAGGAGCUCCGUCGGCAGUGGUCCCCAGUCUUUCAGGCGAAGUCAAGCCACCUCCAGCAAGUAAAGCGCUACCUCGAGAAGCACACCGUUACGUAUGACUGCACGGACAUGGGCAUCCCCACUUUGGGUAAUAUAAAGAACCUGAUCAGCAGGCUCAACAACUCGGCGCCUGGACCUGACGGGAUCCCUUACAUGGCCUGGAAGCGGAUCCCCUCGUCGGCGCAGCUCAUGCUCGACGCCACCAUCGAGAUCAUGCAGGGCUACCCU